CACCUGAGAGCUUCACUUCAGAGCUUCACCUCAGAGCUUCAGCUGCAGACAUGGCGCAACUGUACUGUUGGGGGGACAGCUCCAGUGGACAGUACGAGCCACAGACGGCCCUCAGCCCGGUGUCCUGGACCUUCCCCCGGGGCAUUAGCUCCAUCUGCUGUGGGGACCAGUUCACUUUAUUCCUCGCAGAGUAUGGAGGCGUUUUCUCAUGUGGACACAACUCAAGGGGACAACUGGGACGAAAGACACCCAAAGAUGGAAGGAAACCAGGUCGUGUGGAGGGGCUUGGCGACGUGGUGACGAUGGCAUGUGGUCAGGACCACUGUCUGGCUGUGUGUGCGUCUGGAGACGUGUUCUCCUGGGGGGCUGCAGAGAAUGGACAGCUGGGGAUGUUGGUGGAUCUAAAGCAAACCCACAUCAGACCAAGUUGGGUGCCCAUACCACUGCGGGUACCAGUGAUUCAUGUUGCCUGUGGAAACGUCCACUCGCUGGCGUUGACUAAAGGAGGAGACGUCUUCUCCUGGGGUUCGAACAGUCAUGGUCAGCUGGGUCUGGGGAAGGAGGUGGCCCUGCAGCACACGCCCGUGCUUGUGGUCGCUCUGUCCGGUGUACCUGUGACCCAGAUAGCAGCCGGAGCGAGCCACACCCUGUUCCUCACACUCGCAGGCCUAGUGUACUGCUGUGGAGCUAAUCAAUCUGGCCAGCUGGGGCUCAACAGGGUGGAUGAGAAGGGCAGGUUUAACAUCUGUAUGGUACCCGCGCUCAGACCUCUGGGUGUCUCCUUCAUGAGCUGUGGAGAAGUUCACUCGGCUGUUUUAACAAAGGAUGGUAAAGUUUACACUUUUGGAGAGGGAACCCACGGUCAGCUGGGUCACAGCUCCUCUGCCAAUGAAGUGAGACCAAGACUGGUCGAUGGUCUGGACGGACUGGCCUCACAGAUCGAAUGUGGCCGGAGUCACACUCUGGUGUUGGGCUCGUCUGGUCAGCUAUGGGCUUUUGGCAAUGGGGUCAAAGGUCAAAUUGGGACUGGACGAGCAGAGAACAAUCUGAGUCCCACUCUGGUUCAACUUCCAUGGACCGCUGACAGUGCAGCAACCAUACCCACUGACUUGAAAAUAUCAGCCGGGUGGAACACAAACUUUACUUACUCUUCACAUGCGCAGAGUCAUGGGCAGAUAACUGGACGACUUGAUGAGAAGAAGCUGCAAACAUGGCUGUCAAUGAAACACGGCAACGCAGAGGCAAAAAGAGAAAUAUCGUCAAUAUUUUUGACAAGUUCAAGUCUUGUUGCAAGUUUCACAAAAGACAAUGGGUCUUCAUUAGAAGCUGGUGCUUUAACUGUCGACCUGGAAGCUGCGAGCCGAGCUUUUGACCAGCUGUUGGAAAUACCAUGGAUCAAACAAGCAAUGAACCUUGAGAUCCUCAUGCCAUUGCUUUGUGAAUCAAUGACGACCCUAAAAUCUCCAGAGAUCCUGCUGAUUCUGCUGACGUGCCCUCUUUUCCAAGAGGACUCCAGCGUCAUGUCGGGGUCGCUGCUUCUGGCCGUCAUCAUUGAGAAACUGAAAGAGAAGCCUCUGGCAGCGCUAAGAGGCUGGUGGUCUUCGGUGUCACCCUCCAUCCUGAUGAAGCACAUCAUGGUCUUCAAAAACGCCCUCGCCUUCAUGCUGAAAAACUGCCUCUUGACAACUCACAACCCGGGAAUCAGAUACCUGAUGAAAGCUCUGAAACUACUUUACAAGGCCAACAGAGCUGGAAACUCCUACAAAGUCCCACUGAGCAUGUUUUACGUGGAAGAAAUCAGGGACAGUGUGCAGCCGGAGGGAGACAUUUGUCUGUGGUUUGGACUUUCUAAAGUGGAGGAUGAUGAAAACACACCUGCCAUUUUCUGCCGCUUCCCGUUCUUGUUGACUCUGGAUUGCAAGGCAAGGGUCUUCGUCAUCCAUUCGGCUGUAAUGAAGAGAGCGGGCCAUUUAAUUGACGGCUGGGUUGAAGACCCUUUGAGAAAUCCCCAAAACAUUGCCCCGCCCACACCCUUCCAGCUGACCCUGAGACGAACUCACCUUGUCGAAGACACCUUCAGACAUGUGGCUGCGGCCGACCACUGCGCCUUCAAAAGAGAGCUUCUGGUGCAGUUUGUGGAUGAGAGAAAGGUGACGAACGUCAACAAGAGGGACCUCUUCCUCCACCUGUUUGAUGAGCUCAUCGCUCCAGAGUCUGAGAUGUUCAUUUACAACGAGAGCAAGACUCUGAUGUGGUUCCCUCCCAGACCCAAAGUGGAGGAGAAGCAUUACUUCCUGUUCGGAGUUCUGUGUGGCAUGGCUCUUUACAACUACAACAUUGUCCACCUGCCCUUUCCACUGGUUCUCUUCAAGAAGCUGGUUGGGGUCAAACCAUCAAUGGAUGACAUGAAGGAGUUUGACCCUGUCAUGGCAGAGUCUUGGCGUUGCCUGAUGGACUACACUCCAGCUGAAGUCGAAGAUACGUUCAUAACCUUUAAAGUGACCUGGGGUGGGGAGCAAGUUGAGCUUGAUCCAAAAGAAGCUGGAAAACCUGUCACAGGCUCAAACAAGAAAGAGUUCGUUGCUGCCUUUCUCAAUUACGCCUUUACCAAGUCGGUGCAGGGCGUGUUUGGAGAGUUCAAGAGAGGGUUUUUCAAAGUGUGUGACAUGGAUGUGGUGGACUUCUUCCAGCCGGAGGAGCUACAGGCGGUGAUGGUGGGCCAAGAAGACUACGACUGGCUGGUGUUCAAGCAGAACACAGUUUAUGACGGAGAGUAUCAUGAAGAACAUCCAACCAUCAUCACCUUCUGGGAGGUGUUUGAGAAACUGACAGCGGAGGAAAAGAAAAAAUUCCUUUUGUUCCUCACAGGCUGUGACCGUGUACCCUUCCUGGGGAUGAAAAGCAUCACGAUGACAGUCACCAUUUUGCCCAACAGCAGCGAACUCCAUCUGCCAGAAGCCCUCACCUGUCACCAUCUGUUGUCACUGCCCAACUACCAGAGGUACCCGGUGGAGAGGACCAUGAAGACCAGGCUUCUUCAGGCCAUUCGUUACAAAGGAGGCUUCUAUAAGAAGGAAGAAACCAGAGCCUGAAGAAACUAUGGUGUCUUACUUUCCGUUAGUCACUGCACAUUGUUAUUAUUAUAUAUUAAUAGUAACAUUAUUAUGAAGGGAGUUAAUGUGGAUUUAUUUAUUAUAACUUAUCAUUAAGACAUUGUCUGCAUUAUGUUCUUUUUUUCUUGAUCUCUUGGUGAUGGUUGAUUACACCUGCACGUGUUAACUUUAUUAUAGAGCUUUGAUGAGUUACAAAUAUAAAUAUAUAAAUGUCGGGAGGGAAAGAAAAAAAGAGAGAGAAAAAUAAAUAGGCAGCAAAAUAGAGAGACUGAAAGAGAGGGAAAGAAAUAGAGAAAGAAAUGGUAAAAAUAAGAGAGAAAGAGAGAUAAAUACAAAGAGAUAAAAAAACUGAGCGAGAAACACAGAAACAAGAAAGAAAGUGUAGUAAUGACAUGUAUAUAAUCAGGAAAUGGUUAAUUGUUCUGUCAUUUGUUACCCAAUAACCAAGUAAUACAUUAGAGCAGGGGUCACUAACAGGCGGACCACGGUCUGCGUCCGGACCCAGAAGCCGUCCCGUACGGACCCGGACCUACAGCCAAAACAGAAGGUUAUGAUUUAAAACCUGACGGGGCGCUUCAUUUUGUAUCCGGCGCAACUUUUGUAGUUCUUACGGUAGUAGUUUAGCGGAUGAGGAAAGGCACAGACCAAUUGCAUGCAAGUUAAGCCAUCCCACGUGAUUCUACUCAGCCAAUCAAGUCUGUGAAUUCCAGGCGGUUAACAUUGCGACUCUACAGUGUAGACAGAUGAGAGAGUUAGAGGCAAGUUACACAUUGGAAGAAGGUAGAAAGAAAAAGAAAGAUAGCGAUACAGGUAGAGAAAACAAAGGGAGAGAUACAGACGACUGAGCCGGAGAAAGUUGAGAAACAGAGGAGUGACAGAGAACGAGAGAGAAACAGACGAAAAUAGUGGGGGAGUGGGAUAUAAGAGGGGAAGAAAGUGAUUCUAAAACUGUUCAAUUGUUAAGAUGUGUUAAGAUUUAUUAUCUGUGAAAUUGGUUGAGACUUUUGAGUCAAGAUGUAAAACAGAAAAUUUGAAAAUAUAGCUUUUGCUCCCUUUAUUUACAUUUUCUGAAGUCAAGCCCUUUAUUUGAACAUGCACAAUUUUCACAUUUUAGUUAUUUUCUCUUAUUAUGAAAUGCAGCCCUAGUUUUAUUUAGUUAAUGAGAGAACAUUAUACAUAUCUGCAAUCAUACGUAUAUGUCGAGUUCUACGGCACUAAAUAUUGUCAAAAAGUUUUUGAAUCGUACUGAAUUCAUUUGAUUUGAAAGUCAGGUAAUGAGUACAUGCAGAUGUUGAUACAACUACUAGGCUACUUAAAUAUAUAUCACACUUAAUAGUUAGACAUUAUGAUCUUCCGGACCUUUGCUUCAAGAAAUUUUCUCUAACAGGACCUCUUUAAAUUUUAGUUGAAUACCCCUGCUUUAGAGCACGAUAUAGGCUCACACAUCUUUUAUAACCAAUACAAUCUUUUAUAACCAACAUUAGCUGUGAAAAUGUGUCUUAUUUUGUAUUUGUUGUGCUGAUUUGUAAAUUAGAAAAAAUUCUCACUAUUUCUCUCCAAAGAGGAGGUGAUGAAUUUGCAUCUUGUGCUGACGUCACUUGGACACUGUAAACUAGUUUGAAUCUGAACCUGAAAUAAAGGUCUCAGUCAACUUCA